AUGUCAACUACUCCCUCCCUCCCCCUCUACCAUACCCCCUCCGCUCAAUCUCCAUCCUCCUACCUGCAAACCCCAGGGAAGGAAGAUGCAACGCCCAAGAACCACAAGCGCGGCAGCUCGCGAGUCCGAAUACCCGGCCAGCAAUCAAUAACCGCCGCUCAUGCGACCCUCACUCUUGACCAGGUCGCCGAGCGACACGCCACAUCGCUGUCCGAUGGCCUCGACCCGAGCGAUGCAAAUGCGCGACUGCACGUGCAGGGAACCAAUGAACUCCCGCACGAAGAGCCCGAGCCUCUUUGGCUUCGCUUCGUCAAGCAAUUCAAGGAGACCCUCAUCAUCCUGCUGCUCGCCAGCGCCUUGAUAUCCGCCGUCAUGGGCAAUCUGUCCGAUGCGAUGAGUAUUACCAUUGCGGUCCUGAUCGUUGUCACGGUGGCCUUCGUACAAGAGUAUAGGAGCGAAAAGAGCUUGGAGGCACUGAAUCAACUGGUGCCACACAGCGCCCACGUCAUUCGCGGCGGGAAGGGUGGACAAGGAAAUGGCUCAGCGAAGGGGCCUGGAAAGAGCGAGCUGGCGGUGGCGGAAAAGGCGAGCACCACCAUCUCGGCCACGCAGCUGGUGACGGGAGAUCUGGUGCUCAUCCAUACCGGCGACCGAGUCCCUGCAGACAUUCGUAUUACACGUGCUGUGGAUUUGGGGAUCGACGAGAGCAAUCUGACGGGGGAGAAUGAGGCAGUGGAAAAGACGGCAGACACGCUAUCUAUCUCCGAUUCUGCAGGCAUGAAUGGCCACCUCUACGGUAGCCCGACUCCCGUCACACAGCUCCGGAUCAACGAGCAGGCCAACAUCGCUUUCAUGGGCACACUUGUCCGAUCAGGCUAUGGGCAGGGUAUUGUCAUUGGAACCGGCGGGAACACCGAAUUCGGCGCCAUCAGUGCAAGCUUACAAGAGAUCGAAAGCCCUCGCACCCCCUUGCAAUUGAGCAUGGAUCGGCUUGGGAAGGAGUUGAGCUACAUGUCGUUCGGCGUGAUCGGUUUGAUCAUGCUUGUGGGCCUCUAUCGAGGCAUGCAAUUCCUCGAGCUUUUCCAGAUUGGCGUCUCCCUCGCUGUGGCAGCCAUCCCCGAAGGUCUCCCCAUCAUCGUUACGGUCACUCUGGCGCUCGGCGUGCUGCGAAUGAGCAAGCGGAAUGCCAUUGUUCGUCGACUACCCUCGGUCGAGACACUUGGAAGUGUGAAUGUCGUCUGCUCAGACAAAACAGGCACACUGACAAAGAACCACCUUACAGCGAUAAGCAUGUGGGGUUUCGGCAACGAGGGAGGACCGCAGGACGUCAGCAAAGUCCGCACAGACUCACCCAACGGAGCCGUUACUCAGGCCAUCUUGCGAGCGGCGAACAUUGCCAACAAUGCCAUGUUGAAUACUCACAGUCAUGGUGGUAUCACUGCCGCCAGCGCUGCCGUCCUUGACUCCACCCGCGCCGGGCAUCAGACGGACAGCUUGGCGACUGCGAAAAGCCGAUGGUCGGGGCAGCCAACUGACGUGGCGCUUUUGGAUCUAUUAGACGUGUUUGGGGAAGAGGAUGCGCGCGAACAUGUUGGAGCGAGAAAACAUGAGAUGCCAUUCUCCAGCGAAAGAAAGUGGAUGGGCGUUACCAUCGAAGGUCAGAACGGAGCGCCAAACACUGCUUACGUGAAGGGUGCGAUUGAAAGAGUGAUUGAACGAUGCGACACAUACCUCACCAGCUCGGGCGGCGAAGUAGUCUUGGACGACAAGAGGAGGCAGGAAGUCGAUUCUGCCGCACGUACCAUGGCAUCGACGGGUCUGAGGGUGCUCGCAUUCGCUUCUGGCGCCCCGCGGUCUGAUCGAUCACGGGCACUUGGAAGCCACAAUCGUACAGCGUCGCCUGCGAAAGUCUCAAACCGCGCUCCGGCCUCGGCACACGCGGCGCACGAGGAAAGCUAUAAUGGCCUCUGCCUCGUCGGCCUGGUGGGCAUGUCUGACCCACCCAGGCCCGGCGUUGAGAGGAGCAUCCGGCGGCUCAUGGCAGGAGGUGUCAAAGUUAUCAUGAUCACAGGAGAUGCCGAAAUGACGGCCGUCGCGAUCGCGAAGAAACUAGGCAUGCCUGUGAAUCUCUCUUCUGCCAUUGGAUCCCCAGUGAUACGAGGAGACCAGCUGGAGCAUAUGAGCGAGGCCGAGCUAGCAGAUGCCAUGAGCCGGGUGUCCAUUUUUGCACGCGCGAGCCCGGAGCACAAGCUGAAGAUCAUCGCAGCUCUGCAGUCGCGUGGAGACGUAGUAGCCAUGACCGGUGACGGAGUCAACGACGCCCCCGCCCUCAAGAAGGCGGACAUAGGCAUCUCCAUGGGCAAGCUGGGAACGGAUGUCGCGAAGGAGGCGGCAGACAUGAUUCUGACCGAUGACGACUUCAGCACCAUCCUCAGCGCUAUUGAAGAGGGCAAGGGCAUUUUCUACAACAUUCAGAACUUCCUGACUUUCCAGUUGAGCACGAGUGCGGCGGCAUUGGGCCUGGUCAUGUUCAGUUCGCUGGGCGGGUGGAGGAAUCCGUUGAAUGCGAUGCAGAUCUUGUGGAUCAACAUCUUGAUGGACGGCCCACCAGCGCAAUCCCUCGGCGUCGAGCCCGUCGAUCCCGCCCUCCUCACGGAACCACCCCGAUCCCGAACAGCAAGAGUCCUCACGCCCCGCCUCAUCCGUCGCGUCCUACAAUCCGCCUCCAUCAUCCUCGUAGGGACACUAUUCACCUACGUCUCCAACCUCUCCGCCGAAGACAUGCUCGCCCACUCCGUCUCCUCGCGCGACACCACGCUCACCUUCACGCAAUUCGUGCUUUUCGACAUGUUCAAUGCCCUCACCUGCCGCUCGGCCAGCAAAAGCGUGCUCCGCGGCGAAGUCGGCCUGACGGGCAAGAACAGCAACAAAAUGUUCAAUUUCGCUGUUGCGGGCAGUCUGGUGGGCCAGCUGCUGGUCAUCUACUUCCCGCCUUUGCAGCGCGUGUUUCAGACGGAGGCGCUGGGCUUCUUCGAUCUGCUCCGCUUGAUUUGCAUGGCGAGCAUGGUGCUUUGGGUUGACGAGGGGAGGAAAUGGUGGGAGCGGAGGAGGGGACAUGCGGGUCUUGGUGGCUAUGCUGGACGGCGGGUGUAA